ACUUCUGGCCUCUUUUGUCUGAUCCAGCCAACGGUAUCAUCCCUCUAUAUAUACGAUGCCCCUCCACUCCGCUUACCCAUCAGGCAUCAACAAAGCACAAAAACACCCUUGUUUUAUCGCUCUAAUAAUUUCACCGUAUCCGUAUCCACAAGAGUGUUCGGUACGUAGAGAGUAUUUGUAAGAUGAGUUCAACUAGCAGGGCAUGGAUUGUGGCAGCUAGUAUUGGAGCUGUGGAGGCACUGAAAGACCAAGGAAUUUGCAGAUGGAACUAUACUCUAAGGUCAGCUCUCCAUCAUGCCAGGAACAAUGUCAGGUCAGUUUCACAGGCCAGGAAGCUUUCUGCUCAAUCUUCAGCUGCAAUUUCAAGUGGAAUGAGCAGGGAAGAGAAGUCUAAGCAAUCAGAAGAAUCUUUGCGGAAAGUCAUGUACUUGAGCUGUUGGGGUCCCAACUGAGGCAUAACAGACUUGAUUAGAAGAAACAUCCCUUGAGGGAAUCAUUGACUCAUGAACAUGCUUAAUUUGGUCAGUGAAAAGAGAGAUUUGGGGAGUGAGCCCAUUAAAAGAGCACAGGGUCAAUAGCGCAUGGUGCACGCGGGGCUUUCCGUGGUGGGUUCUGGUCUUGUAUAUAGUUACAAAGAUGUAAUGAGAACAAUUGCUAUAUCAGCAUCGUAUAUAUCAUAUGAGUUAUGACCAAUGAAAAUAACUUUUGAGAAUCGCUUGUUUCUCAUGUUCAUAUAUAUA